GUCCUCCUUUUUGCACACACACGAAUACAAAGAGCCAUACGACCUUCGGAUGAUGGUGGAUCCUCUUUUCUAUUCUAUAGUCAGGUUUUUUGGCAGGGUUCCAUGACUGGGUCCAGCCAGAAUCUCUCUCAUCCCCUGAAAAGUGAAUUAAUCAGAAAAGUUCCUGCAGGCCUUAUCCUUAUAUGUAAUCCGUGUUUGUGAUACACUGUGGUGUGUUCUGAGACUGUGAAGUGGCCCAAGCACUGGCAGCCCAGGGACAGCAGAUAGAAAAUGAAGACGUCUUUCACCCCUCUGGCCGAGCAACAGAGGGGCUAAGGAAAACACUCUCCUGCUAUGGACCUACUUGCCAGCUCUUUCUUCACAGAAUCUACUACUGGGUGCCCAAGUUCUCCUGGCUGCCCUUGAAUGAGAAGGGGAAGCAUUUCCAAAGAGCCCAAUGCUUGUUCUCAGUUCUGUGAAGCCAGGUUUGAUCCUGGACAAAUUUUGGAAAGCCCCAUUGGUAUAGACACAAAGAGCUAUAACAUUGCCUCAGUCAGACAUGUCCUUCAGUGCCACCAUCUUGUUUUCCCCGCCUAAUGGCAAUGAAGCCAAGUGUUGUUGUUGUGCCUGUAAAAGCGAGCCAAAUGGUGGCAGCACAGGGCCUCCAGGAGGUGACCCUCAACCUUGUACCCCAAUCACUGUGACGGGACAUGGCCUAGCCGUGCAGAACUCAGAGCAGCUCCUACACAUCAUAUAUCAGCGGGUGGACAAGGCAGUGGGAUUGGCUGAAGCUGCCCUGGGCCUUGCAAAAGCCAACAAUGAGCUGUUAAAGCGUCUCCAGGAGGAAGUGGGUGAACUGAGGCAGGAGAAAAGUCCUUCCACUGAGGAGGGUGAGGAAGAUGGGGCACACUGUACCCCACCUGAAGAACCAGGAUCUCUCAAAGGAAGUCCUGGAGAGGCCUGCAAAGCACUGUCUGCAGUGGAAGAGGAAUGUGACAGUGUGGGCAGCGGUGUGCAGGUGGUGAUUGAGGAACUAAGGCAACUAGGAGCAGCCUCUGCUAUUGGCACUGGACACUUGGGUUUCCCAUCAACUCAGAGGGAUAUUCGGCUACCUGGGUGUGCUUUGGCUUCCAGUGAGGUAGCCCCACUCCUCAAUCCUCUGGAUGACUACGUGGCCUCUGAGGGGGCAGUACAACGGGUGCUAGUCCCUGCUUAUGCCAAGCAACUCUCUCCAGCAACACAACUGGCCAUCCAGCGGGCAUCCUCAGAGACGAGCCCGGAGAAUGGGGCCAAACUGCCUCCACCCCGCCCAGAGGAUGUGCUCAGUGCUGCAGCUGCCUUGGACAGUGCCUUGGAGGAUUCAGUCCCUGGUGGGACUGGGGAACUGAGAUUAUCAUUGGGGUUCGCAGCUUCUCCUGGCAGGGCCAGAGGGGGUGGGCAGAAGAAUUCCAGGCGUAAGCGGGAUCUGGUGCUUUCUAAAUUGGUCCACAAUGUACAUAACCACAUCACAAAUGACAAGAGGUUUAAUGGGUCAGAAAGUAUCAAGUCCUCUUGGAACAUUUCAGUGGUGAAAUUCCUCCUGGAGAAACUCAAGCAGGAGCUGGUGACCAGUCCUCACAAUUAUACUGAUAAGGAAUUGAAAGGGGCUUGUGUGGCCUAUUUCCUCACCAAAAGACGUGAGUACCGAAACUCCCUGAAUCCUUUUAAGGGGCUGAAGGAGAAAGAGGAGAAGAAAUUGAGAAGUCGUCGAUACAGGCUCUUUGCUAACCGAUCCAGUAUCAUGAGGCACUUUGGAGCUGAAGAGCAGCGCCUGUGGAAGGAUGUGACAGAGGAAUUAAUGUCGGAUGAGGAGGACAGUCUUAAUGAGCCAGGGGUCUGGGUGGCUCGCCCACCUCGAUUCCGAGCUCAGCGCCUCACUCAACUUUGUUACCACCUGGAUGCCAAUUCUAAGCAUGGCACCAAAGCCAACCGAGUAUAUGGACCUCCUUCAGAACGACUGCCUUCUGCUGAGGCCCAGCUCCUUCCCCCAGAUCUCUAUAAUCCCAACUUCCAGGAUGAAGAAGAAGAAGGUGGUGAUGAAGAUGCACCUGUUUCUUCACCUUUUGACCAAUCCCAUAAAACCUUUUGCCCUGACUUGAACUCAUUCAUUGAAAUCAAAGUAGAAAAGGAUGAGUGAAUACUAUGACCAAAAGAAGCAGCUUUGGCUCCUACCAAUCUUUAUGCCCUGGAAUUAGGGCUGUUGGAUUCUUAAAUUAACUGGAUAUUCCUUCCUUUUUGAGAAAGAGAUUUUACAUCUCCAUCCUUCAUCUCUAAUGAAAGUGAAAGCUGCUCAGUGGAUAAAGUGGACAGCAGAUGGGGGUGGGGGGUGGUAUAGGGAACAGGGUGAUGAGAAAAAUUUAUAUUGAAGGAAAAAAAUAACACUUGGAAGGGGCAAGCAGGAAAAUGCCAAUUUUGGGGUGUAUAAACAGUACCUGGAAAUAGAGAUAAGGGUGAAGCAAUGGGAGGAAAAGGAAGGAAGGGAGGGAGUUUUCUAAACAGGAAUGUGAUAGGUCUACAAAACAAGGGACCUUUUUGUUACUUGUCCAA